UUGUAAUACAUUACAAACAGGAAUCAUGUGGAAGAUAGCAUUGAGUGUAGCGUUCUUAGCAACGGUGUAUACCAGUCCUAUAGAAAAUGGAGUUGCGGAAAACUUUGUGGGCGCAGUAUCCGAUUGUGUGGACGGAGACACGUCAUUGUGUUUAAAGGAAAAAGCAUACAGACUAACCGAAAGAUUAGCAGUGGCUAAAAACUUAGACAUCUACGAAGGUAUCAGUCUUGUGAACACUGGUUCAGCUCGCAGUUCUAGAAGCUACGAGCCUUUAGUUGAAGAUCCUAAGACGAGGGAAACACAACUGGAGGAGAGAAUCGUUAAUAAUGUAGGCGACUUCUUAGACAAUCACGUACUGCAGUUGCGUUUGUCUGAAGAUUCAGAAGGUCGUGAUCUUGAUGAUGAAGCUCGUGGCAAAAAGAAGAAGAAGAUCAAGCAACUCCUGCCCCUCCUUCUCCUCUUGAAAGUCAAACUGGCAGCACUCGUCCCACUAUUUCUUGGAAUUAUAGCUUUCGUAGCAGUCAAGGCUGUCUUCCUUGGAAAGAUUGCAUUUGCUAUUAGUGCAUUUAAUUUAAUCAGGAGGUUAUUGAGUAAGAAUAAUCAUGAUUCAGGAGUUGUGUCCUAUGCAGCAUCUCCUCAGCAUCAUGAUGAGCAUCCAGGAUACUCCUAUGAACCAGCUGGUGGAUGGAGCAGAAGAGUCAAUGAUGCUCAAUCCCUAGCAUACGCUGGUCAAUUAGGAAAUUAGAAGAAUGAUUAUUUAUUAGUGUGUAUGUGUGUAUUUAUUUGUGUGUGAAAGUACCUCAAAUUAAUUUAUUAAAAAAAUAAAUUAUUUCUACUAAA